ACGCUGCCCCGCCAACGUGUAAUCCACCACGAUAAAAGUGAACUCAUCCAAUUUCUUCAAACGUCCACAACUUCGACAAAACAUGUCGCAAAAGAACGGAAUCUUGUCAAUUAUAUGCGCAGGGCGCCAGAGAAACCAUGAGUUCAGCGAGGUUGCAAGAGCUCUUAUUGUUCAAGCUGUAGAAAGCGGGAGGUCAUACCGAGAUGUUGCUGAGGAGGCUAAAUGUUCACCCGCCGCAAUCUUCAAGAUCUUUCAACACUGGAAAACUCACCAAACCUUGGACAAAAAGUGUCGUUCUGGACGUCCUACAAAACUCACAAUUCAGCAGAUUCG